AUUGGCCAUCUUUUUCUUUAAAAAAAAAUAAGUAUAUACCUUAUGAAGUCAAUCUAAUUGAAUUGACUAGAUUAAUUGCUAUCUUUUCCUUCAGCUAAAACCUGUAUUUAACAUGACUGCAAAUGAAGGCCGAAAAAGAUCUAUGAGCGCCCUUGUGGUUGUUGGAAAUGGAAGAGGAUCUGCUGGUUUUGCUCUGGGAAAAGCAUCCCACAUGAAGAACGCAUUAAGAAAAGCAAAGAACAAAGCUGUUCGCCAUUUACAGUAUGUUGAAAGAUAUGAAGAUCAUACAAUUUUCCAUGAUAUUGCAACCACUUUUAAUAAAACAACAAUUCGGAUGAAGAAGCAAAACAGAGGGUAUGGUCUUCGCUGUCACCGUGCUAUCAUCACGAUCUGCAAACUGAUUGGGAUUAAAGACAUGUACGCCAGGAUUUAUGGAUCCAAUAAUUUACUGAAUCUCACUACAUGUCUCUUUAAGGGAUUAGCUAAUCAGGACACUCAUCAAAGCCUAGCGAACAAGAAGGGUCUCUAUGUGGUAGAAUUCCGUGAAGAGUGUGGCCCACUGCCCAUUGUUGUUGCAAAGCCUAGUGGAAUGGUCAGAGAAGAUCCUGAACCAGAGGAAAAGGCUCUUGGUGUCAAACUGGAAUGGAAAGAAGUGAAGGCAGCACAAGGAAUAAAGAGUAAAUGGGCUGAUGUCAAAAGACCAGUUUGGUAGAUUUUGGCAGUAUUUAGAUAUACAAAAUUAAGGAAGAUCCCGCGUAAUCACAUAAUAGGCAAUAUUUAUUGAUUCCACGUGAACAUUCUUACUGGUUGCCUUGAUUAUUGCAAUCAUUGUAAGUUAGUCAUUCAAAACAACUUAGCCAACUUUCUUCAGCUGAUAUCUCUUUAAAAUGCAAUCAUUUUGUGGCAUGCAGGCUGUAAAGGAAAAAGGGAAUUUACAAAAUCUCUUGACAAGAAAAUGAGUCUUUUCACAAAUAAUUGGAGACAACAAUACAGAAAAAUAA